AUGACGGCCAUCUUCGGCCAGCGUCACACCUGGGACGAAUCCCCCGCGUACAACCACGCCAUCGGCCCUGCCACCCCACCGCUGCCCUACCAUGGCUUUGCGCCCUCGCGCCAUCAUGUCGCUGCCCACCUCGUCAAUAUGGCCGGGUACUACGACGACGAGGCCCCCGUGAAUGCGCAACCCUUGGACAUGAGCGCCGACGGCCACCCGCGCCGAGGAGGCUGCUACGCGCCUAAUGACGACACGCCCAACAAGCGACAGAAGCGCCAUCCUUCUUCCCCGCGUCCCCAUGAUGCUUGUACGAUUGCUAGCCCGGCACCGGAAGCGCCAUACGCGGGCCUGCCGCAGACUUCAGCGCUGCUCGCCGCCCAUAAUGACGCGUCCAGCCAACAGCAUUUCGAUAUGCUGCCUCCUCGGGACUCGGUACACGCCUCGUGGCAGGCUCUCCACGAAUACGCCCAGUCGCAUGCCUCCCAGCAUGGCUAUGCCCUCAGUAUCAAUACGACGGCCAAGAAUCGUUCUCGUAUCAAGCUCGCCUGUGUCUGCUAUGGCCAGCCCAAGAACACACACAAGUUGACUGCCGAGACACGGGUCAGAAAAAAUAGAGUCAGCUACAAGACGGGCUGUAAGAUGUGGAUCGAGGGCAAGAAGCUGGAGGGUGGGACGUGGCUGCUGCGUGUUGGCGAGGCGCAACAUAAUCAUCCUGGUCGAGACAGCGCGGGGUGGGCGGUACAACGGAAGAGGACCUGGGGUCUUGUCGGAGGGCGCAUCGGCGUUGGAGGUGUAACAGCAAAAGAGGAACUUGCCAAACGGCGGCUCCCUGGCACAAAGGAUACUCUGGAGGAUGUGGACGUAGAAGCCGAGGGAGGAGACGACUAUCCACAGCCCCCAUCACCAACCCAAAAGCCCGCCACACACAGUCUCGAGCGCGGGGGUCUAGUCUGGAAAAUCGUCGAACAAGAGAUGCUCCGCAAGGGUAAGCCAAACCAAGGCCGUGACCGAGGCGUAGGAAGAACCGUCGACGUCCUCCAGCGACGUCUCCCGGGAAUCCACAUUCUCAAGCGCGACGUCUACAACAUCCGCGCGCAAAUCAAGCGCGCGAGAAAAGCAGCAGGCCAACAACUCGGCGACGGGUGUGACAGUUCAAACGACGAGGCUCCGGAUCCUAUUCCUACUACUGCAACUCUCCCAGACGACAUGGAUCCACCCGAGCAAUCCCUCCCACAGCCACAGCCACAAUCACACAGCCAACCACCCCCCUCCUUUUCCCCUCCCCCUCUUCAUCCUCCUUGCACUAAACCCCCGUCCCCCACAAGAAAAGAUUCAAGAAUCGACCCCUCCCUCGUCUCCACUCCACCUCCACCUCCCCUUCCUCCUCCUUUACUAUUACCCCCCUUACCCCCUCCCUCGCCCUCCCCCGACCCCCCGGACCCAGCAACCCUGCAAGUCAUGCGCCUCCGCCGUGAGAAUGCUGAGCUACGACGGCUUCUUGCGGAGAAGACAAAGGAGGUCAAGGAAAGGACGAUUGAGAUGGCGGGUUUGAAGAGUCAGGUGGAGUUGUUGAGUAAUCUUAUGUUGACGAGUGGGAGGGGGUUGAUGGGAGGUUGA